AUGGGUGAUGUGCAGAAGACACAAAGUACCCAAAGCCAACAGCGGGCCCAGUUUCCCCCUCCCAAACAAGUGGGAGUGCUUAUUUGUGCUCUGCAGCCACCUGGCACCCCACAGGGCUCCCCUAGCACCCCCUGCCCCCAGGGGCUGCUCUCCGUCAUCCAGAAGCUGAAGGGUUCGCCGGAGCAGGAGCAGGAGCUCCGCAUCGUCCUGCUGGGGCUGGACAACGCGGGCAAGACGACGCUGCUGAAGCGCCUGGCGUCCGAGGAGGUCAGCACCAUCACCCCCACACAGGGAUUCAACAUCAAGAGUGUCCAGUCGCACGGUUUGAAGCUGAAUGUUUGGGAUAUCGGGGGGCAGCGCUCCAUCCGCCCCUACUGGAAGAAGUAUCUGGGCAGCACAGACCUGCUGAUUUAUGUCAUUGACAGCGCCGACCAGAAGCGUUUCGAGGAGACAGGGCAGGAGCUGGCAGAGCUCACGGAGGACGAGUCCCUCACGGGGGUCCCGCUGCUGGUGUUUGCCAACAAGCAGGACCUGGUGACUGCAGCACCCGCAGCCGAAAUCGCAGAAGGGCUGAGCCUCCACACCUACCGGGACCGGGAGUGGCAGAUCCAGGCCUGCUCGGCCCUGUCUGGGGAAGGGGUGCAGGAUGGGAUGAACUGGAUUUCCAGCCAGAUCAUGAACAGGAAGAAGUGAGAGCUGCAAAGUGCCAGAUGGGACUGAGCUGCAGGUCCCCACGCCAUGGCCAACCCCCAUGUCCCUUGGCUUCCCCCGAGCCUCAGCUGGGCCCUGAGCCU